AUGGCGCCAAUUUAUCCUCUAUUUCCAGUACGGGAGUCUGGCCAUCUUCAAGUCUCCCCUAUCCACUCAAUAUACUAUGAGGAUUGCGGCAUCAUAACCGGUGUUCCAGUCUUAUAUCUGCAUGGGGGUCCAGGAGAAGACCAAGGGAUCGUGGACUCGGAUAGACAGUACUUCGACCCAACCCACUACCGCAGCGUGCUCUUUGACCAACGUGGCUGCGGCAAAUCCCUCCCUUCUGCGUCCCUAGACGAUAACACAACCUGGACGCUUGUCGCCGACAUCGAAGCUCUCCGAGAACACCUCAAAAUCGCAAAGUGGAUAGUAUGCGGCGGGUCCUGGGGCUCGACAUUAUCACUGGCCUAUGCCCAGAAGCACACUGAUCGCUGCUUGGGUCUUAUUCUCCGUGGGAUCUUUACCAUUCGCCGCCAAGAAUUGGAGUGGUUUUACCAGAAGGGCGCGGAUAUGCUGUUUCCUGAUUAUUUCGAGCCGUAUAGAGCUUGUAUUCCCGAGGCGGAAAGAGGAGAUAUGAUUGCAGCUUACUAUAAGAGACUCACCGGCGAUAAUGAGGACGAGAAGUUGAAAUGUGCUGGUGCAUGGAGUACCUGGGAGACCUCGACAGUCAAGUUGAUUGUGGACCCGGAAACUGUCAAAAUGGCCGCGAACCCCAAAUGGGCGCUUGCGUCUGCUCGCAUUGAAUCGCACUUUUUUGUCAAUGGUGGGUGGAUGCGCGACGGGCAAUUGAUUGAGGAGGCAUUUAAGAUUAGACACUUGCCGAUAGUUAUUGUGCAGGGUAGAUAUGAUGUUGUUUGUCCGGCAAAGACGAGCUGGGAGUUGUAUCAGGCGCUUGGAGGGAAGGCGAAUCCCAAUGUCGAGUAUUUGGUUAUAGCAGAUUGUGGGCAUAGUGCACAUGAGAGCAAGAUUGAGGAGGCCCUGGUCGAUGCGGCCGAAAAGUUCAAGGCGCUGAAGAUACAUUGGUUUGAGUUGGAAGUCUUUGACAUUACUCAUGUCGUUGAGCCAUGCAUGCAUCGUUCGUCGGCGCGAGCAUUACGCCGGAUGGGCGAGGAGGGCAACCAUUGUACCCUAUGUUUGGUUUACGUCGCGAAGCCUCAGGCACCAAAUUCAGACUAG